UUUUUAACUCAGCCACUGAAUAAUAGCUCCAGAGGUAUUGGAUGUUAUUUCCAGCUUCUCUAGAAAUGUUGUUUUAAAGGUAACAGUUAUGUGCUAGCUCUAGCUAAGUCCUUAAAAAUGUAACGCUGGUGACAUGGAUCAUUCUUUUAACCAAAUCCUAAGUAGAAGGACUUAAUAGUAAAUUUUUUGUAACACGGAAAGGAAAAUAUUACUUAAAUUUCAUUUUCAUUUGUCUAAGAGGUCCUAAAUAGCCACCCUCCUAUGACCAGCGUGCCCGGGAACACCUACUGCUAAAAAAUGGGUAUUCGGGAAAGAACAGGCGUUCGUAAAAGAAUAAUGACAGAACUGAUGGUGUAAAGCCGGUACUUGUAAAUCCCAAUCAUUUAUUCAAAGGGAAAACACAGUAGGAGGACAGAUACCUGACACUAGUGUCUGAAUACUCUCGGAAUAAACAUAUUUAGCUAUUAUUAUAAUUUGUGAGUGUUCAUUCUCACUUCAUAAUGUUUUCAUGUGUUUGACAGUCAUCUUACCUUUUGUAAAUGCUUUUACUGUGAAUUUUUGUUCUUAGCUCUUUACUAAUUGCACCAGUCCCAUCAGCUCUUGUGGCACACACCCCAAUAAUUUUACUUGCACAGCUCGCUCCAGACGUGUUGAGAUAGUGCAGGACCCAAACUGUGGGCUUGCCGCAAACUGAAUCAUAUGAGUCGCAGAAAUCUAACAAAGCGUGGAAAGAAUAGAAACCACAACAUACACAACAUGAAUAACAAUGCAAUAUUUUUAGUCGAAUAAGCUUUCAUCUCUCAUUUUUCUAUUAUGCGUUAUCAGCUCUGGAUUUACUGCUGAUAUAACGUGGUGAUUAAAAAGUGCGAACUUGCAUAUACUGUAAUUUUAGUAUCUGAUGCUAAAGAAUGGUGCUGGUUAGAGAGCACAUCUUUUAAAACGGAAGAAAUGUCAAGACCUUUUUAAGCUCUCUAUUUGACUUUAAAGAACACAUCUCCAUUUGAUAGCCAAACGGUCAAGUAUGGAUAAGGGAUGCCAAAAUAAUCUGCUUCCUUCUGCAGCGCAAUUUGAAUUUGUUCAUCUUCAGGAAUCCGAACUUCUCCAUGCAGAUAAUCCAAAAGAUCUUUAAACAGGCCUCCGUCUCAAUCCAAUUAGACAUGCUCCUGGAAACAGAAAGAAUAUUGCUGUGGUUUUACAGGGAUGUUUUGUUUCUUUUUGGCUGCUGGGCUCAGGGACCACUGCAGAACCGGACCAAACAGCCGGACACAAUGGGCUGUUCACGGCAACUGGGAGACGGUAGCGAAGCCCUGCCCAGAAAAAUGUUUAAUGUUUCAGAUAUUUUAAACAGUCAGAAGGGCACAACAAAGCAUUACUAUUCUCCAUCCAUCAGGUCUUUAAAAUGGACAUGCUUUGGCAGGAUUUCCAAGUCACAAGUGUGAAAUGUGAGCCAUGAGUAGUUUUAUUCAAGCUUUCAUAUCAAGCCAUGGUGGUGAAAAAUGCAAUCUUUCCUGAGUAAUGAAGUAUUCCGAAGCGAAGAUGAGAUCUAAAUCUUAUAUAAUGAACAGAGAAUACAGGGAUUCAUAAGUAGGAUCCAAGUUAAAUGCCAAAUGCUCUGCCAACUUCAAUUUUAUCUAUUUUGAUAUUGAUAGUGAAGAAGUAGAUUGCCAGGCCAUGGUUUGGCCGGAGCUGAGGCAGGGCCAAGCGCUGUACAAACACGGAUGUUUGCAAACAUGGGUGGUCUGUGCAAUUCAGAUGAAUUACUUGUAGGUGUAAAGUCGCGCACGCAUAAUUGUUCUGUGUCCUGGAGUUGAAGAACUCAACCGAUGCUCAGCAAAUUGGGAAAAGAGAUACACCAUAAAAUGCAGAAAUAUGUAUAAAAGUGUACAUUUGCCACAGAGCUCCCUGAUCAGAAUGUCGUAUUUACAGCUUGAACAUACUCACCUGAUUCAUCCGCUUUGAGAGGAAAGUGCCCAUUGAACACAGAAGCCAGCACUGAACCUUAAAGCGGCACAAGGAUGGACACCCUGGACAUCUCUGCCAUUGCGUCUGCAGAUGAGGAUGUUAAUCAUGAGCCAUUCAAACCUGAAACAUACAAACAGAAAGAAAUCGAAUGCCAGUUAAGGCUGAGAAUAUUCUAUAUGAGACCUAAGCGUUAGCUCAGCUCUUGCAUGUUUGUUAUGCGAUACUGGAAAUCUGCUUUGAAAACAGUGCCGGAGACAUGUUAGUGCAAAUAGUCAAAUAUUCUUUUACUGUAAAAACCUAUGGCGUUUUACUUUGCUAGGAAAUUCAGAAGUGACUCUUUUGGGACAAACAGGUGAGCAGCAUUAUACGGUCAGUACAUGCGAGGAAAACACUGGAAGGAUGUUCUGGGAAGUCUUUCUCUGGGCAUAGUUCACAGCACUAAAAAUGCAGUAAUUUUGUACUAAUAACCAAGUGGCUUCUUUAAAACCCGCUCUUUAACUAGGGCUGCUCUAACUCGCUGAAGCUGCGGCAUCGCUAGUGCCCCAUUGCCAACAAAUACCCUUCACCUGUGUGUGCCUGGAGCUCCCUGCGUGGGCGGGGAGUGUCCAGGCAGCAAAAACUGGCACGACAGCAGAAGAAAAUACUCAAACCGCCGCCAUCCUACAGUAAGAGCCUGCCCCUAUGGAUACAACUGCCAAAUAACCAGUAGGUGUGUGCUGAAGUUAACAGGGUCAAACUCUAAAUUUGUGCAAACCGUCUCAAGUUACAAGAUAAUUAUAUGUUUAGGAAAUAUAGUAAGAGAGAACUAAAUCCCAAAGGUUAACAAUAUAUUUUAAUUGCUGUCUGAAGUCCAGUAAAAAGCCAGUUAUUUAACUGUACACUGCGCAUGCAAGGAACGUGCCCUUAUUGUAUUUAAAUAGUUUCUCUGUAUUUGCCUUAGCAAGUUAACUUGGUUAUGUCUACGCAAAAUACCAACGCCAUAGGUAAGCUUUGGAGCUCAAGCUUAACUGUUUGAGGUAUGGUUACUGUUCAAGCUCAGCACAGCAUGCCCUUAGUACAGAAGCAUGCAGCAUUAUCAGCCUGCACAAGCAAACUGCCUUUUGAGCUGCGUGUUCUUGGGAAAUGAACACAGGCAUUUUGUGUUUUGGUUUGGUUUUUACUAGUUUCCAACGGGAGCCGGGUUUACACACUCAUCCUCUGUGUGUUUGUGUUUCCAUUUGCUAAAUUCAGUCAAAUUUGUCAGAGGGAAGAGGCAUGAAGAAAUGAAUUUUCAUUAAGCUUGUGCAGGAAAGGCUGUGAUUAGAGGAAAAUGUGUUCUUAAUCCUAUAAUUUCAGGAAAAACUUACAGUGUGCAGUCUGCAGUCCUGUUGGACAUCAGAGGAUCCAGAGAGAGAGAAGCCGUUCUAUAUAACCUACCCACCAGAAGUGCUUUAGUCAUAGCUCACACUUUACUAGAGCUUAUGGGAUUAAUUCCUCAAGCAAGAUUUUUCUCAGAGACAGAUUUGCAUGUAUCUAGUAAGACAAACUCAAUGCAACACUUCCCAUGUGGUCAGGGCUUCUCCAACAGGUCUGUCUCUUCUCUCUUUCCCUCAAGCUCAGUUUAAAGACUAGUCGUAGGAUCCCAAAUGACCAAAACCUACCAUUCUGCUCUUAAUAUUUAAGAUCUAUAGGCUGUGAAACCUGGCAGUGCUUUAAGCUCUUCCCCACUCUGAGCGGCUGGCAAUUAACAGGAGGUUUUUACGUGUGAAAUAUUACAGCGUGGGAGUUCCUCAGCCGAGCGUAAGGGAAAAUAUGAGCACAGGUGGAAAGGCAGUCCUUGAUGUUUUGUUUGAAAUUUAUUGCCCACAGUAGCGGCAUAAACAUUAAAUGGAAGCAAAUUGGUGAUUGCCCCUUCAGGACUCGAGACUGUUGUAAAACUGGAGGAAAUGGAAACUCCUGAGCGGGUCUGGAGGAACACGCUGCCUUCUGGAACAGAUGAGGAGAAGACAUCUCGGGAAAUGGAUGUUGGUUGUGGUCUAAAGGCAGCUGUAGCUGUUACAGCCUGGCUGUGCCUCUUAUCUCCGACUUCUGGAGCACGGGGCGUUACUGAUUUCUCUGGUUCAUUUUGGUGAUGGGGAAACAGGCGACUGCUCGAUCAUCCCCCAUUGUCACCUCAGAUGCUGUUAGAGGACACAUGCAGAAAAGAGAUGGAACAUUGCAAGCUGCGAAAUGGAACGCUUCUUUAGCAUCCAAAAUCAAAACUAAAUUAAUGAAUAACUCAUCUAUGUUUAAAGUAUCUUUAAAACAAAAUAAUAAAGCAUUAGCUGUGGCUUUGAGUGUGGAGAAAGAAAAUUCUCGGAAGCUAAAGAAUGAGAAGAUUUUUCUUCAGAAGGAAAUAGAAAAGCUGCAGUGUCAUAAUAUCUUGCUUCGUCAAAAACUAACCAGUUUGAAUAAAACUCUCACAGAAAUAGAAGCAUUUUUGAACGAUAACCUCUUAACUGCAAUAAAAAUAAGCAGUCUUUCUGAGAAUCUUGAGAGUUGCGUUCCUCUGUCGCCCGGUCCCGGCAGCCUCACUGAUGACCAGCUCAAGAGCACACAGCUGUCAGCUGGAUCUGUAGAACUGCCAUUGAAACUUCCUUUGGUUGCAACAGCUAAUGCACAACAGCAAGAUAGCCCUUUGGUGUGUGAAAUACCAAAUCCUCCCAAGUGUACCACUACUUUGUCAAAAGAAAUGCAUUCAGACCAAGUCACGUUUGUAUUAUCAGCGCCUUCUGGUACAAAUAAUCAAAAGUUCAUUGAAACAGACCCGGUGGAAACAACCAUUGACAAAAAGAUAUCUUUAAAAGAAAAUCGAUUAUGCACAGAACUAACUUGCAGCAGCGCCCUCCUGACUCAGGUGGAAAAUACCCAACCUUUAGGACAGUCCAAGGAGCUCAUGAAACAAUAUCAUCAUAGUUCAGUGCCAUUCUGUGGGAAGGUGACUGAAAGAAAGAAACAUGCAGUAAUUCCUAAGUCAGAAACGCAACCUAAUCUAAAGGAUUUUGAUAAAAAAUGUAGCUCAAAUAAUCUGCAUCAUCAUGGUAUCGACAGCAGCAGCAAUACCAAUGAUGUGAAUUUUCAGGGACGUUCAAGUGACUCAUCUCAUGUUAUCCCUUCAGCUCUUAAACUUAGCAAUGAAAGUAAGAUAGACUUUAAGAAGCUGCUUUUUACUGAAAAGACGAAGCCUGAAGAAACCAUUUAUGAUGCUGAUAUGGAGUUGACUGCCAGUGAUGCAGGUGAACUACUCACAGUUACAGCGAAAGACAAAUUACACCGAAAUCAAAAUAGGAAUGCCAAUUCUGAUCAAAUGUUAGCAAAUUUCAGAAAAGUAAAAUAUUCUAAGAAGGAUAAAGAGAAAAUUAAAAGCAAGACUGAAGUCAGUUCAAAUUUUUGUGUAGAAGAAAGGGCCACUAGGGCUGACAGUAAUGAAGUGUCAAGAACUACCGACUCACAAACUCAACAGUUACCCACAGGCAAUUCCGUAGGGAAGCAGAGUUUGCUAAAUACUGGCAAAUAUUACCAAGCACAACUUUGUCCAAGUAAAGCUAAAGAUGCUGGGGGGACAUGCCAGGUUAACUUAAUGAGUCCAAGAAAACAGGAGACAAAUAAAGACACUUUCUCAGGAAUGUCUGAAGACGUGGAAAGCAAAAUACAAAAAGCAGACUCAAACUCAUCUGGUAACAAGAUCCCACCAGAGGUUUAUUGUGCUGCAAAUUUACCAUUCCAAGAUAAUAAUUCUAAUGUGUUGCCUUCUCAGCAGGACUUUCUGCAUACAGAUGAGAAAUGUAGCAAACCAAAAAGAAACAGGAAAGCCUUUAAAAACCCUUCUAAAAUGGACAAUGCAAAGUACCAUGGAGAGGAAAAUGGGCAGUAUGAGGAAUCUGUUUCAAGUAAGUCUCAAACAGAGGUACACCAGUAUGACAGCAAGAGGAAACAAGACCAGAAGAAUAUCAUAAAGAGAAAAUACAACAAUAAAAGUAGUUAUAGACAAAGUGGAGAAACUGGAAGUGACAGCAUUCAUAAAAUUCCCCAGAAAGCAGACCAAAAGAGUAGCCGUUUUUCGCCCAGGAGAUUAAAACAUACAUUGGCAAAGGCCAGCAGGAAAGCAUGUAUAAUACCGAAAGAAAAUCUUACACAGUUCUCAACUUGUCAAAACGAAGAAUUAAAAAUUAAGGAUGCGUUGCAAGUGGGGGCUGUUCCUGGAAAUAAAGUAACAGAAACACAGCAAAUGCAAGUAGCUUUAGUUACUCAGAACGGUGUAUCUAUGAAUACACCACAGGCUAAAGAACAAGUAGAUGGUGAUGCUAAUAUGCUAAAGAAAGUAGAUUCCCCGUCAGUGGCACAUAAAACCCCUCACAUUAGUAAUUCUCCUGAUAAUCAGAUCAAGCGCAAACCCAGGUUUAGUGCUGGUAUUACUGAGACCAGAGCAGACAAAAAUUAUUCCAGGCAUAUAGAUCAGGGGAGGCAGAAUAUUUUGGAUGACCAGGAAGCCCCUUGUGAGAGAGAUUCCUUGAUGAGCAAGUUAAAGCAUACGGCUCAAAAAUCAGAAUUUAUAAAAUUCCUGCCUGUGAAAUGUUCUAAGGAUGUGCCAUUAAACACAGAGAGCUUUUUCCAGGAAGCUCUUUCCAGUGUGGAGCUCCCAGCUCUUGGUAACCAUGAUGCUUCUAUGAAGUUCUUUAUACCGAAAACCUCUGAAAUCUGUGGGGAAAAUGAUCGUACUAAAGCACUGGAUACUACAAAGGCAGAACAAAAACUGGAUCAUGUUUCUAAAGAGACUGACAAAAAGACUCUGACACCUUGUCAUGAGAGAAAGGCUUUGCAAGAUCUGACAAGCAAUAGUAUACAAUCUCGCACUUCCUCACCUAAAUCCCCCAAAAUUGUGGAAGAAAACUCAGCAGCACCAUCUAGACGAGGAAGAGCCACUAUUUGCUACAAAGAACCCAGUCUAAACUGCAAAUUAAGGCGUGGAGAUCAAUUUACAGAUACACAAUUUCUGGAUUCCCCAGUCUAUAGAAUAAAAAAGAAAAGAAGCUUUAAAAGUAAACCAAAAUUGAUUUGAAGAAGAGAAUUGCCUUCACGAGCAAUACUUCUAAAAUGGGUACAGUUAUAUAGAUGUGUGUUUAGCAGUGUAGAGUGCUUAUUGGUUUUUUAUUCAGAAGGGUUUUCCAAAAUGGAAUUUCCUGGAAAGGAUCCCCCAUACGAGGACACAGAAUUACUUCACUGAGGAAGGUAAAUGCAGGUUAGGCUCCUCUCUUGUGUUUUGCAUUUCUGGGCAGUAAUUUCUAAUCUGUUCAAAGAGUUUGCAGCACUUCUUAAUUUGUUAGAAAAGUGUAUGUGUUAAUGAGAAUUAAAAAUAAAUCACCUUUGGGAA